AUGAUUUUGGCAUUUGCUGUUGAUCGGAAAUUGUCGGAUUGCAGUGCCAUACAGUCACAUGUGGAGUUUGUGGCAAAUUUUCAAUCCUUGAGUAAGAAGAUUAAUGAUUUGAAGGAGAUGGCGGAAUGUUUCAAUGAAUUUUGGUGGAAUUUAUUUAAGAGUUUUAGUUUUGCAACUGAAAAUUAUUCAAACGGGAAGGAAUUGGAGCAAUUGAAAAUUCUUGGAAGUGAAAGAGUAGGAAAAUCAUCCAUUACAAUAUUCUUUGUAACAAAUUUUGUAAUUGAUGAUCAUGAGUCAUCGUUUGAGGAUACCUAUGUUAAACAAUUGAAAAUAGACAGACUAUCGGUCAAACUUGCAAUUUUAGACACAAUUGAAUCGGAUUAUCAUUAUUUGAGAGAAACACAUAUUCUAUAUGCAGAUGGUUUUGUCUUGAUUUGCUCUGUGGAUAACAUAAAAUCACUUGUGGGAAUUCGAGAACAAGUUGCAAAAAUUGUAAGAGUGAAAGAUCUCGAAGUCAAUAGCACUCCAAUUGUGUUUGUAAUUAACAAGAUUGAUUUAUUACAAAAUGACAAUAGGAAACAAACAAUCGAUGAAUUCAAAAAGGAAAUUAAUAAUAUAAUCAAAGAGUAUGACUUGGUGAAUACAAGUACAAUGCUGAGCAGUGUUAAAAGUGAACCAGAGAAAAUUACUUUAAUAUUUGAGGAAUUGGUAAAAAGACAAAUUCUGCAAGGUGACAAUAUAGAAAUUCUUAAAAAUGUUGUAGAGAAAGAUUGGUCAUACAUUCAGGAAUGCAACAAUACAUUGAAUAAGAAGAAGUGCUCAUUAAUGUAA